AUGCUGGCUAUAUUUAAAUUUUACAGGUCCUUUGGUACCAAAUCUCGGCGAUUCCAACCAUCUUGGUUGAAAGACCAUCAUUGGAUGCGCUAUUCUAUUUCCACCGACUCUGUGUUUUGUGCGUACUGUUUCUUAUUUGGCAAUGCUGAUUCGAAAGAAAAAUCGUUCUUAUCCAGUCCAAUGACAGACUGGAAAAAUCUGCUAUCACUUGCGCGGCGCCAUGAAAAUUUAGCAUUUCAUAAGGGUUGUGUAACGGCGGGGGAAGAAUUUGUACGAGUAAGUGAAGGGAAGGGAGAUACCGUUGUGAGCAUGCUAUCAUCAAGCCACAAAAAACAUACUGAGAGAAAUAGACAUAUACUUAAGACAAUUAUCGAAGUGCUAUUACUAUGUGGUAGGCAGAACAUCCCUAUAAGGGGACACACUGAAGAUAAGAGUAACUUCAUUGCCAUCCUUUCUGAAUUUGCCAAGAGAGACCCCGUCUUAAGCGACCACCUUGCCACGCGUCACGCGUCACGCUCUACCUACUUAUCCCCUGAUAUCCAAAAUGAACUAAUCAAUCUGCUUGGAAACCAGGUGCGCAAAAACAUUGUGGAUUCUUGCAGGAAUUCUAAGUUUUUGGGCAUUAUUGCUGACGAAUGUACCGAUUCCUCUACAAAAGAACAGAUGUCUUUGUGCAUUAGGUUUCUUGAUAGUAUCGAUGGUUGUCUUGAGAUACGAGAAGAGUUUGUUGGCUUUAAAUAUGCAGAGAGUGUGAAAGGUAUGGCAGUUUCCAAUAUCAUCAUUGAUUUUCUUGCUGAAUUGAACCUGAAUAUUCAGAAUCUACGAGCUCAGUGCUACGAUGGAGCUGCUAACAUGUCGGGGAAAUACAGUGGCGUCCAGGCCAGGAUACUUCAAGUUGUUCCCGAGGCUUCUUAUGUUCACUGCAAAGCACACUCGCUGAAUCUUGCAUUGAUACACAGCAGCAAGGUUAUGUGCAUUCGAAACAUGAUGUCAACAGUGCAGGAUGUGGCAUUUUGUUUUGAUUAUUCUGCAAAGCGUUUGAAAGCAUUCUCCGACGAACUGGCUGAAAACGAUGACGUACAGGAGCAGAUGGACCGACGAACAAAACUCAGAACACUGUGCGAAACGCGUUGGUCAAGUCGAGCAGAUUCACUGUUCACCUUCCGCUCAGCUUUCCCCGUGGUCGUUGCUGCCCUCCAAUCACUUGAAGAUGCUAAAGAUGAGAAGGCAUCGCAAUACUUAGCUGCUAUUUUGAGAUUUGAAUUUAUCAUUGCACUAGUUGUAGCGGAACACGUUUUGAGCUCUACAGUAGCCUUAACAAACUAUCUUCAAAAAAAGGACAUAGACCUUUUAGAAGCAGUAACAGAGGCCAAAGUCGUUAUCAGGAGAUUAACUGAUGAAAGAAACGACAUUAGUGUUUGGGAUGCAUUGUAUGGCAGGGCAACUGAAAUAGCUGCAGAGCAUGACUUGCAGCCAUGCGUUCCAAGAAGAGCAGGACGUCAACAACACAGAGAAAAUCAUCCCCUAAACAACCCGUCGGAUUACUGGAGAGUUUCGUUGUAUCUCGUCUUUUUAGAUCACCUGGUAAACGAAAUAUCUAGUCGAGUAACAAAGAACGAAGAGAGAUUUUUAAUUUCGUAUUUGCUACCAGCCAAACUGCAAGACCUUACAGCGGAUGUUACAGAUCGUCUGUACAACGCCUAUAAGUCAGACCUCACUAGCAAAGUAGAGUUUGUGGAUGAAAUAACAAGAUGGAGGAUUAGAUGGAAUCUUGCUGGUACCGAUACAGGACCGAAUAAAAUCAUCGAUCUCCUGAAUAAAACCAACAAAGACAUUUAUCCUGGCAUUUUCUGCGUUCUGUCCAUUUUCUUGACCAUGCCAGUAUCCUCGGCCUCUAGUGAGCGUUCGUUUAGUGCGAUGCGUAGAGUUAAAAAUUAUUUGAGAACAACUAUGGGAGACGAAAGGAUGUCCAAUCUUUCUCUGUUGCAUGUACAACGUCAUAUGCCAGUUGACAUUGAUGCUGUUGCUUUAAGUGAUGUUUUUUGUCAUAAAAUUUACAGGGUCAACAUCUGUGUCCAGAAAGGCGAGAGGAAGUAUGAAAUUGGAAUAUCAAAAGAUAUAUAUAUCAUGUUACAAAGUCCAAAUUGUGACCCAGCUGUAAGGAGUUCUAUACUGAAAACUGCUUACGACACGGCGGCGAAUGCAGCAAAUGCAGCAGCUACCGGUACUCCUGCACCAAUCUCUGAUGAGGUUGCCCCCUCAAUGUGCCGAAAAGGUUCACAUAUGGAAAGAAAAGGAGGAAAAGGACCUCAUACAAAUAAGAUUAGGUAUGGACGAACAGUUUCAGGAUGUGAAGAACCAUGAUGUUCUUUGGGGCCAAAUUACAAAGAAAUUAAAUGCACACAACAUAUUUAUAAGUGUGCUUCAAGUAAAAAAUAAAUGGAAAAACUUGAAAAAAACCUACAAAAAGGUGAUUGAUGAAAACAAUAAAACAGGAAACAAAGCAACUACUUGGAAAUUUUAUGAUGAUUUCAAUGAUGUUUUCGGCAACAGAGCAUCUACUCAAGCCCAGGUAACAUACGACAGUUCUGCAAAAAGAAAACUGGUGAAGUUGGGUAAUACUGAUGAUGAUGAUGAUGAUAGCAUUAUCGAUCCAAAGUCAAAUUCGAAACCAAAAAAAAUCAAACCUGAAAAAAACAUAACAAAUGCAGCAAAGGCCAUAGAAAAAUUAACUCAGCAGGGAGAGGAAAUGCUUCAACAGAUGAAGUCGCAACAUGAUGCCAAAAUGGAUCGUUUUGAUCGACUUUUGAAUCUUAUGGAGAAAAAAAACUAAUGUGAAAUUAGUACUGAAAACAAAAAGUAUGCAUUGCUUAUAAGGCCAAAAUUAAAAUAGUCUCGUUUCCUGCUACCUAACCUACCCUAUUUUUUUGCACCUGACCUUAAAGUUUUUUAGCUUUUGUGGGGAAAAAAAUGGAAAAUGCAGGAAUUUUAUGUUCCAAAAGUUAAAAAAAAAAAUAUUCAAAUUGUAUUUCAUGAAAUAUAUGUUUAAAAUAUGGACUUUCAUAAAAUUCAACUUGAGUUAUGCAUCAAAAGACAUAGAAUUACAUUUUAAAAGAUAAUAAUGACCUAGCUUUGACAUGUUUAAUUUGGUUUAAAGUUUUGUAGUAGUUCAUAUUCCCAAAAUACCGUUGGAAAAAUAAAAUAAAAUAAUUUUCCUAACUACCUACCCCAUUUUUUUUAAGGCUGGUAGCAGGAAACAAGACUAUUAUU